AGCGCGUCUUCUACCACAACAAUGGCAGCAGCAGCAGCAUCACAUCACAGCAGCCCGCCUGCAUCAGUCUACGACAUGAGCGACGACGAAGAGAGCGACUACAACAGCGUGCGCCGCCGCUCGUCGGCCUCGCGCGGCGUCAAGCUGCUCUACGCAAAGAGCAAGGUCUUUGUCCACCCCUCGCCCUCGUCCAAGGACAAUAUCGAUGGCUUUUGCGCCCUGUACGAGCAAAAGUCGCCUGCCUCCGCUUCCUCGCCCGCUUCCUCUUCCUCGACCACCCACAUCCCGUCCUCGUCGCUCAUUCUGGCCUGGACUCCCAUCGCCUCCCUCCAGAGCCAGGGUCAGUUCGACACUUACAACAAGGUCGACCUGGACGACAAGGACCAACCCACGAGAAACCUCGUUCCUCCUCCGCCCAUCACCUCGGCCCACUCGGCCACUCCAGCCCCAUACCCCUUUGCUGUCCAAGCCAGCCAAAUCUACUCGAUCCAGAUCCGUCCGCCCAGUGCCGGUUGGUGGUUUGGCAGUCUCGUCAUCAACACCCGCUCAGGCGACAGCUUCCCCGCCCUCUUCUUCCACGACAGCGAAUGCCAGUCCACCAUAAACCACCGCAAGAAGCUUGCCCGCGAGAACUUUGAUCCCUUUGGCGAGAGCGGCAACUUGUUCUGGGGCGGUGAUCAGGUCUUGGGCUGGCUCAAGAGACACCUCAAUGUCGAGCGCUCCCCCGAGCCCAACAUUUUCCUGAUCGAGCCCUCAGACGCCGAUCGUACUGGCUUUGGCACAAACAAGUCUGGCAAGCCCACUCCCGACAAGGUCCAGCAAGCUUUGGAAGGCCCCAAUGCACAACCCCAGAAGAAGAAAAAGGAGGAUCCCGUUGCAAAGUUCUUGAAAGACUCUCGUUGGGCUGUCCUGGAGAAGCUCAGUCAGGUCACCACCUUCACCCGCCGUACUGCUCAGGCUGCUGCUGAUAACCCCAAAUUGCCUCCCCAGCUGCGUCGCAUCAUGCAGAACCCUCAGGUCCAGACGGUCCAAGAAGAAUUCGACAGUGCUCGUCUGUAUCUUGCGAGAUGGGCCAUGACUAUAGCUGAACAGAGUGAGCGUGAUAGAAGCCAACGCAUCUACACUGCCAAGGACUUGCUGGAGAACGAAGACACCGAGCUGGGCGAGUUUGAGAUUCUCGACGUUGACAUGAGGAAUCUCGAGCUCAACGAAAAGAGAGACGCCGUCACCAUCAAGGAGUGGAAUGCCUUUUUCGAUUCUCAUGGCAGACUACAAGUUACUCCCGACGAAGUCAAGGAACGUGUCUUCCACGGCGGCCUACAUCCAGACGAUGGCGUCAGAAAGGAAGCUUGGCUUUUCCUCUUGGGUGUCCAUGACUGGAACAGUACCAGGGAUGAACGCAAGGCCAAGAUGAACAGCCUCAACGACGAGUACAUCCGUCUCAAGGGUGCCUGGUGGGAUCGCAUGAUGGACGAAGACGGUACUCUCGAAGAACGCGAGUGGUGGAAAGAACAAAAGAUGCGCAUAGACCCAACUUCUCCAUUCGCCGAAGUGGGCACCAAUGUCCACCUCGAGCAGAUGAAGGACAUGCUGCUCACCUACAACGAAUACAACAAAGACUUGGGCUAUGUCCAAGGCAUGAGCGACCUACUCGCCCCCAUCUACGCAGUCAUGCAAGACGACGCCGUGGCCUUUUGGGGCUUCGUCCACUUUAUGAACCGCCUGGAGCGAAACUUUCUCCGCGAUCAAAGCGGCAUGCGACUCCAACUCAGCACCCUCGAUCACCUCGUCCAACUCCUCGACCCCAAACUCUACCUCCAUCUCCAAUCCGUGGACUCUACAAACUUUUUCUUCUUCUUCCGCAUGCUGCUGGUCUGGUACAAACGCGAAUUUGCCUGGCUCGACGUGUUGCGACUCUGGGAAACCCUCUGGACAGACUAUUACUCUGCAAACUUUCAUCUUUUCAUUGCAGUCGCCAUUCUGGAGAAACACAGAGAGGUCAUCAUGGAGCAUUUGCGUGGCUUCGACGAGGUCCUCAAGUACGUGAAUGAGUUGAGCAACACCAUUGACUUGCAGUCGACCAUGAUCAGAGCGGAAGCACUGUUUCGCCGCUUCCAACGCGUCGUCGAACAUAUCGACCGUAAAGACCACUUCCCGACGCCGACGUUGAGGCAGAGGAAACAGAUCUCCGGCGGUGCGUUGGAUCAGGGCGGCCAGGCUGUGGGUCAUGAUGGCAAGACUGCUGCUGCUGCAGCAAGUGCUUCUGACGCCCAAGGUGCUGGGGUUACACAACAGCAAGCGGCGGCGACGACGACGACUCCAGCGCAAAAGGAGAGGAUAGUCAGUCCCGAGCUGCGAGCAUUGCUCUCGCGAGAAUUUUCCCGUGUCGAGAAGCCUGGAAAGUAA